AUCACAUCGUUUUUCCAUUUCAUAUUUUAUAAUUUGUUUACAAUUUUGUUUAAUGAAAAAAAAUAUAAAUACAAUCUUCCAAAUGGAUGAAUUCGAAUGGACUGUUGUUCAUGAAGGGCAGUUAUUGGAUGCAAUGGUUGGACACAAGCCGGUUGGAAUAAAUAAAUACUUUCAGAUGGCAUUUAUAUGUGAUAAGUUUAUGGAUAAUAUACACAAAGACAUAGAUUCAGAAAGGGUUUGGACCCAUUUGGAAACUAUGUAUAAUCUUGAAGCGUUAGACGAAUGUGAAUCUAUUCCUUUUCCCAACUCCGAACAAGAGUUUAAUCUGCCAGAGUCUGAAUUUGGUAGCUGGAUAACAAAGAAAGAGGAAGAAAAGAAUUCUCAGUCAGGAGGAAAAAGUUCCAGUGAAUCUCCAGUUAAACAGGUAAAAGAAAUAAAAAAGGAAGAGAAGACUCCAAUCAAGAAUCAAAAAGAACGACGAGAUAGCAAAGAAGGUAAAGACAAUAAUAAAACACCCAUUGCCAAAAAAGAAAUAAAAAAGGAAUCAGAAAAGGUAAAACCAAUUGGAAACAAAGGUAGAAAUUCAACAUCGUCCAAUAGUGAGAGCAAAAGUGGUAAAACAAAAUUUGAAGACACCCCUAAGCCUGCCAAGAGACCCACCAGGGGCAGCUUGAAACCCAAUGAUGAUUCCGGUUCCAGUGGAAAGUCUAGCCCUAUCACUGUCACUCCAACUGCAAAAAGAGUCAGGCGUAUUUAAAAACCAGUGAACAUCAUUAUUAAUAUAUUAAAGUUACCUUAGAUACCUAGUUGAAACCAAAAUGGAAGACAGGGUAUAGAAUGAAAAGUAUAUUCUGGAAUUUUUUUAACACUUCUAGGUGUAUAGAGCUAACACAUAGUUAUUGAUCUCUCUGAAAUCAAAAUCAAUAUUUAGGUCCAAUAUUUCCUUUCAAAUUUUUUUGCUGAAUUCCUAACAGCCUUUAAAAUAAUAACAUUGUUUUUAUUCAUAUUGAAUGAUAAUUAACUAUAUCGACACAAUUUUUGUCAAAGUAUUGUCAGCCAAAUUGAGUCAAUUUCAUAGCAGAUAACUUUUUUUUCUUUGAUGUGACAUUGGAUAGAUAGGUACUUUUUAACUUAUAACGUUUAAUCAAAUACACUAAGCAUCAAAAUUAACGCACCACCUUAAAAAUGGGUCAUUUUUGAUGUCUCGUAUUUCCUAAACCUGUCGUUCGAUUUUGUUUUUUGUGUUUUUUCGUCAAAGUUUGGAACACACUGUGGAAUAUUUUAGCGUAUAUAAAAUAUUGAAAUUAAAACUCAACUGUAGCCUUAGGCUUUUUUAACAUUUUGCUUUUUGAUUCAUUCGCUUAUGUGGAAUAAUAAAAAAGUUAGGUACUUUAAGAACUAGCCGUGUUAUUCAUCAAUAUAGGGUGUUUCUAAAUAAGUGCGACAAACUUUAAGGGGUAAUUCUGCAUGAAAAAAUAAUGACCGUUUGCUUUAUAAACAAUGUCCACGAAUGAUUCGUUUCCGAGAUACGGGAUGUUGAAUUUUUUCUUACAAACUGACGAUUUAUUUAUUGCUCUAAAACCGGUUGAGAUAUGCAAAUUAAAUUUGGUAGGUUUUAAGAGGUAGUUAUUGCGCAUUUUGACAUACAUUUACAAAUUUUAUAUUCGCCAUAGGCGUGCGUACGUGAUGUAUUUAAAAUGUUUAUACCCGUAUGCACGCCAAUGGUGAAUAUAAAAUUCGUAAAUGUAUGUCAAAAAAUGCUUAAUAACUACCUCUUAAAAUCUACCAAAUUUCAUUUGCAUAUCUCAACCAGUUUUAGAGCAAUAAAUAAAUCGUCAGUUUGUAAGAAAAAAUUCAACAUCCCGUAUCUCGGAAACAAAGCAUUUGGGGACAUAUGUUUAUAAAACAAACGGUCAAUAUUUUUUUCAUGCAGAAUUACCCCUUAAAGUUUGUCGCACUUAUUUAGAAACACCCUGUAUUUAUGAAUAAUAUUGCUAUAGUCGGUUCGCUAAACUCAGACACAACUGGCUAGUGAUUUUAUUAAGUAAUUUUGCCAAUUUGGUAAAAUUGGCAAAAAAAAUAAUUAUUAAAUAGUUAGUAAUUACCAAAUAAUUAGAAAUUUUACCAAUUUUGGCAAAAUUGGCCAAAAACAAAAAAAUUACCGACUAAAAUCACUAGCCAGUUAUGUCUGAGUUUAGCGAACCGACUAUAGUUGUUAAAGUACCUAACUUUUUUAUUAUCCAACAUAAGCAAAUUAAUCAAAAAGCAAAAUGUUAAGAAAGCCUAAGGCUACAGUUGAGUUUUAAUUUCAAUAUUUUAUAUACGCUAGAAUAUUUCACAGGGUGUUCCAAACUUUGAGGAAAAAACACACUAUCAUUGUUACACCCGGUAUACAAUGACACUUACCUCUUUAGCAAUAAUAUUAUUACUUCGAUAUUUUUGAAUAAUAAAGCUAUAAUAUACUAAAAAAAAGCACUCAAAUCGGACAACGGGUUUAGGAAAUACGACACAUCAAAAAUGUCCCAUUUUUAAGGUGGUGCGUUAAUUUUGAUGCUUAGUGUAUUAUAGGAACAUAGUGAGAAAAAAGUUAUCUCACUCAUCUGGCUUAUCUCACUCAUUAGCAUACGGACGGUCCGAUAAGCACUUAGCCUCCAAAUGAAAAACGAAAAGUUUGGAAAAGUGAUGAUAUAUUUCUGAAUGUAGUCUCCUUUUAGCUCGAUACACUUGGCCCAGCGAUGCUCCAACUUAUUUAACCCUUCUGAAAAAUACGUUUUAUCGAUGUCUGCAAAGUAGGCUUCCAUGGCGGCGAUGAACUCCUCAUUUGACUUAAAUUCCUGCCUGGCGAGUGACUUUCUUAGUUUGGACACAAAAAAAGAAGUCGUACAAGGCCAAAUCAGGAGAAUAAAGUGGAUAGGACGGCAGUUCGUAGCCCAGUUUGGCCAUGACGACGGCGGAAGUGUGACGAGGUGCGUUGUCAUGGUGGAAGAGCAUUUUUUUCUUCCCCAAUUUGGGGCUGUUUUUCUGCAAUUCGACGUCGAAUCGGCCCAAUAAUACGACCGUUUGGUCCUUUUCAAGUAAGUCGAUAUAGAUCAUACCUUGCUAAUCCCAGAAAACGGUGGUCACCAGCUUUUCGGCCGAUAGGACAGUCUUCGCCUUCUUCAGAGCACGUUCGUUGGGUGACGUCUACUAUAUCGACUGUUCCUUGAUCUCUGGUGAGUACCGGUGGAUCCAUGUUUUGUCAACGGUUAGGAAGCAAUGUAGAAACUCUUUCGGAUAACGCUUAAACAGCUUCAGAUACUGCUCUGGAGUGGUCUUAUGGUUGCGCUUGUUGGCCUGAGGGAGAAAAUGUAACACCCAUCGCACCGACAGCUUUCUCAUUCCCAAAAUUUCGUGCAGGAUAUUACUCACGCAGUCUUUUGAGAUGUCUACUGUCUCAGCUAUCUCGCGAACAUUCAGUCGGUGGUCUGCCAAUACGAGAUCGUGAAUUUCUUUUACAUUAUCCUCCGUGAUAGUUGUUUUCAGGGCACCUGGAUAUGACUUGGAUCAAAAACCGACGUGCGAUCACGUUGAAACUCGUUAACAGGUUGACUGCCGAACACACCUAUAGGUGUGUUCUCGUGUCAUACUGCGAUGAUGCCAAGUCGAGGUGUGCCGUUACCAGUGUUCCCAAACCUACCUAAAAAUCGGUAAAUCUACGAAAUCAACGUGACAAAUACAGUUUUUAAGCUUCUUUUCUGUUCUCUAGUUAUAACUACUUCCAGAAUCCAGAUGUUAAUAAUAUGUACUGACUGUAAAUCUGGCAACAGAGAGUAGUCUUGUUACUUGUCAACAAACAACAAGGAGAAGUGCCAACUUCUCGUUUUCAGUAUCUCGGUUCUCAAUCUCAAUUAUCAUAUGCAUUACAGAAUGCAGAUUCUGUAGAAGGAACAAGAGGAGAAAGAUGACUAUUUUUGAAUGCAAAGCAUGACCGGAAUAUCCUGGUCUAUGUGUAGAAUGUUUUGAUGAGUUUCACAAAAACUGAUGAUUUUAUUGUUCAUUUUUUAUUGUUUUAGCUUUUCAUAACUUAAGCAAAUAAUUUUGUUGGUUUUUAUUUUAGUCACUUAUGACUUUUGCAAAUAAAUACAUGUAUGUAUUUUACCACUGCAAUAGAAUAUUUUAACACACCUAUAGGUGCAUUCUGGCACCGAGUAAAUGAUUUCCGUUUUAGACAUGCUUGCUAUCCAAGUCAUUUAUAUAAAAUAAAUGUGAUUCAAGACGAUAAUUGCAAACAUUGCGGAAAACAGGGUGAUCUUGAUCAUAUCUUUUUUGAAUGUACUAAGUCUCAACAGCAUUCAAACUCUCUCUAUAAAAAUUUAAUUAAACUUGAUAUGCAUGCACCAUUCAAUAUCCAGUCUCUGCUGGCUACAGGCUCACAACAAAUAUACAAUAUCAUUAUAGAUUUCUUGUUAGAUACACGCACAAUCCUAUAAGAUUUGUACGCGCCCAUUAUAUUUUGUAUGACUUAAGUUCAGAUUUGCAUCCUUUUUUAUCAUAAAUGUAAUAUCACUUUAUCAGAGAUCCAUGAUUAUUUUUAUUGUAUUAUUAUUGUAUUGUAUUGUUUCUGUUUAAUUUUGUAUUAGGGAUAGGAUUGUAUAUUCUUUAUAGCAACUGGCUGAAUGACUAAUGUCUAUGCCAUUAAAUAAAAAAAACUGAUUUCCGUAUCUGAUGCCAAUCACACCUCUAGGUGUUUUAGUUUUUUUGUGUAAUUCUUAUCACAACACCUUCAACUAACUUUAUUUAUAUAUUCAUGUAUACAACAAUACACACAUAUAUCUUUAAAAAAAUAGUCGGCACCGGACACAAAUGUUAUAAUUUUUCUCGGCAGUUAACCUGUUAAACCAAUGUUGAUCGGUCGCCAUAGAAGGAGAAGAGUCACCGUACACAGCAUUCAAGCGCUCUUAGAUUUCACUGUGCCAUGUCCCUUCCAAAAACAAGAAUCGAUCACCGGCCGAUAUUGCUAUUUUUUCAUUUUUCUAAAAUCCCCGAAACGCCCGCUUCCACGCGCGGUCAAAACAAAAUUCUCUUACGGUAAUAGUACCAUCGCGCGGAGUGGCUAAGUACUUAUCGUACCACCUACAUAUUAAUUCUAUUUGUAAGCCGCAAGACAGUGCGCAACAUUGUGUUAUGAAAGUAGUAAUUUUUGUAGCAUUAUAAGGGCAAGGCACAGCAUUAUAAUAAGAACACAUUUGCUUAAAAGCCUGGACAGUGUUUUAUAUUUACAGGGUGUUAGUAAAUAAGCGCGACAAAUUUUAAGGGGUAAAAUUCUGCAUGAAAAAAUAAUGUUAGUUUCCUUUAUAAAUAUAAUGUGCAAAUGAAAUGGUUGAGAUAGGCAAAUGAAAUUUGGCGCAUAUACGGGUAAUCGUAUAAAUUUUUUAAAGAAAAAAAAAUAGUAUGUCAGUGAGAUAUUUUAAAUUAAAAAUUAUUUUUGAAUUCAUCGUUCAAUUUGUGAUAAAGAAUUUAUCUUCCCUUUUGUUCAUAUGAGGCGCCGUUUUUAUGCAAAAAAGGUAAAACAUCAACACUUACAAAGUAUUCGAAGUAAGUUUUUAUACAUAUAGAAGUUUGUAUGAAAAAUUUCAACACCCCGUAUCUCGAAAACGAAGCAUUUGCGGACAUAUGUUUAUCAAGCAAACUGUCAUUAUUUUUUCAUGCAGAAUUACCCCUUAAAGUUUGUCGCACUUAUUUACUAAUGCCCUGUAUAUAUACAGUAACCGCCACGCUACUAGACACACGGGUACAUUGAGGUAAUACAGUCCUGGACCCUUCACUUGUUGCACUGUAUAUUUUUAUGUCUAGUGACGUCUAGAACGUCAGAAAAUGUAUAGAAAACAUAGAAAGUUGACAGCUGUUUGAAGUUUAUAGUUGUAAAAGUUAUAAAGUAUUAUAAUAUUUUUUCUGUUAAGUUUUUUUUUGAAGCAGAAUAACAAUAGUAUUAAUUAAUGUAAACUUACGUGCAUAGAAAUCGGCCCGCUUAAAAAUUUUGUCUUUUUUGUCUCAUAUUUCCUAAAGCUGUUGGCCGAUUUAAGUGAUUUUUUUAAUGUUAUAGCCUGAUUCUUUAACAAUAUGAAUGUAAUAAUAUUGUUGCUAAGCAGGUAAAUUUUUAUUGUAUGCCGGAUGUACGAAUCAAACUGUGUUUUUUUCUCGAAGUUCGCAUCACCAGUUUUCUUAAUAUUAUGUUUUUUUAUUCAUUCGUUUAUGUUGGAUAAUAAAAAGUUAGGUACUUUAACAACUAAACAUGUUCUUCAUCGAUACACGGUGUUUCUAAAUAAGUGCGACAAACUUUAAGGGGUAAUUCUACAUGAAAAAUAAUGACCAUUUGCUUUGUAAACAUUUCCGCAAAUGCUUCGUUUCCGAGAUACUGUUUGUAGAAUUUUUUCUUACAACUGACGAUUUAUUUAUUGCUCUAAAACCGGUUGAGAUAUGCAAAUGAAAUUUGGUAGGUUUUAAGAGGUAGUUAUUUCGCAUUUUUUGACGUACAAUUAAAAAUUUUAUAUUCACCAUUGGCUUGCAUAAAGGGUAACAUGACCGGGUAGUAUGACCCGUAUGCACGCCAAUGGUGAAUAUAAUUUUUUUAAUUGUAUGACAAAAAAUGCGCAAUAACUACCUCUUAAUACCUACCAAAUUUCAUUUGCAUAUCUCAACCGGUUUUAGAGGAAUAAAUAAAUCGGCAGUUUGUAAGAAAAAAAUCAACGCCCCGUAUCUCGGAAACGAAGGAUUUGCGGACAUAUGUGUUUAUAAAGCAAACUUUCAUUAUUUUUUCACGCAGAAUUACCCCUUAAAGUUUGUCACACUUAUUUAGAAACACCGUGUAUUGAUGAAGAACAUGUCUAGUUGUUAAAGUACCUAACUUUUUUAUUAUCCAACAUAAAUGAAUGAAUAAAAAAACAGAAUAUUAAGAAAACCUGAAGCUUUAGUUUGGUUUUAAUUUCAGUAUUUUAUAAAUGCUAGAAUAUUCCACAGGUUGAUGCGAGCUUUGAGAAAAAAAACACAGUUUGAUUCAUACACCCCGUAUACAAUAAAAUUUACCUGUUUAGCAACAAUAUUAUUACAGCGAUAUUGUUAAAGAAUCAGGCUAUAACAUAUUAAAAAAUCACUUAAAUCGGCCAACAGGUUUAGGAAAUACGAAACAUAAAAAAUGACCAAAUUUUUAAGUGGGCCCAUUUAUAUGCACGUAAGUUUAUUUUCUGUAUGGAAAAAACAAUUAUUUUGAAUGGUUUCAUGACAGUCACAUGGCAUAUCAGACAUAAAAGUCAUAUGUGAGAACGGGCCAGAUUAGCCCACGCCUAGAAAUUUGAUACCCGCGUGUGUCUACUAGCGUGGCGCUUACUGUAAUAAAACAGGUCACUAAUAAAAUAGCUAAAUAAAGACAAUACCUAUGCAAGUUUUUUAAGUGUUUCCUACGAAAUAUAAAAGCAAUUAACUUUGAAAACAAAAAUUGGAUCUGUAUCACUCUCUAUAAAUAUACCACUUUCAUCUCGAAAUUUAAUUACACAAUGUGUAAUGAAAUAAUUAUGUAAAACAUGACUGAUUUUGAUGUAAACGUUUAGAAUACAUUAAUAUACCAAAUUGAUAGUGUUCGAGCAAAUAUGGGUUUUAGAAAGAAAAGUUGGUUUUUUUUUGUAAUAAUAUUUUUGGAAAUUCUACCACUUUUAUCUGAAAAAAUGUAGGAAAUAACCAGUUCUAGUGGUUGCUUCCCAUACAAAAUUUUGAUAAAAGAAAGAUCUAACAAUUUUUUCUACCACACGUUUUUCCGUAUUGUCCUUUGCUUUUCAAGACCUUGAAGCAACUUUAUAAAUAAACACCUACUCGACACUUUAGAAUUUUUUUAGAACUAAGUUCCUUGCCACUGAAGUAAUGGAUUUUCAUCUGUAGUUAAUAAAAUUAUGUUUAUAAGCAAAUUGCAUCUUAAAGAAAUUCGGACAAUAUACACUAAGCACCAAAAUUAACGCAGCACCUUAAAAAUAGGACAUUUUUGAUGUCUCGUAUUUCCUAAACCUGUUGUCCGAUUUUAGUGAUUUUUUAGUAUAUUAUAGCUUUGUUCUUCAACAAUGUCAGUUUAAUAAUAUUAUUGCUAAACUGGUAAGUGUCAUUAUAUACCGGGUGUAACAAUCAUACUGUGUUUUUUCCUCAAAGUUUGAAACACCCUGUGAAAUAUUCUAGCGUAUAUAAAAUAUUAAAAUUAAAACUCAACUGUAGCCUUAGGCUUUCUUGACAUUCUACUUUUUGAUUCAUUCGCUUAUGUGGAAUAAUAAAAAAGUUAGGUACUUUAACAACCAGUAGCCAUGUUAUUCAUCAAUACAGGGUAUUUCUAAAUAAGUGCGACAAACUUUAAGGGGUAAUUUUGCAUGCAAAAAUAAUGACCGUUUGCUUUAUAAACAUAUGUCCACAAAUGUUUCGUUUCCGAGAUACGGGAUGUUGAAUUUUUUCUUACAAACUAACGAUUUAUUUAUUGCUCUAAAACCGGUUGAGUUAUGCAAAUGAAAUUUGGUAGGUUUUAAGAGGUAGUUAUUGCGCAUUUUUUGACAUACAAUUAAGAAUUUUAUAUUCACCAUUGCGUGCAUACGGGAUGUAUCUAAAAUGUUUAUACUCGUAUGCACGCCAAUGGUGAAUAUUAAAUUCUUAAUUGUAUGUCAAAAAACGCGCAAUAACUACUCUUAAAAUGUAUCAAACCUCAUUUGCAUAUCUCAACCAGUUUUGGAGCAAUAAAUAAAUCGUCAGUUUGUAAGAAAAAAUUCAACAUCCCGUAUCUCGCAAACGAAACAUUUACAAGCAUACGUUUAUAAAGCAAACGGUCAUUACUUUUCAUGCGGAAUUACCCCUUAAAGUUUGCCUCACUUAUUUAGAAACACCCUGUAUUGAUGAAUAACAUUGCUAGUUAAAGUACCUAACUUUUUUAUUAUCCAACAUAAGCGAAUAAAUCAAAAAGCAAAAUGUUAAGAAAGCCUAAGGCUACGGUAGAGUUUUAAUUUCAAUAUUUUAUAUACGCUAGAAUAUUCCACAGGGUGUUCCAAACUUUGAGGAAAAACACACUAUCAUUAUAACACCCGGUAUACAAUGACACUUAUCUCUUUAACAAUAAUAUUAUUACACCGAUAUUCUUAAUAUAUUCUUAAUAUUCUUAAGAAUAAAGCUAUAAUAUACUAAAAAAAUCACUGAAAUCGGACAACAGUUUUAGGAAAUACGAGACAUCAAAAAUGUCCCAUUUUUAAGGUGGUGCGUUAAUUUUGAUGCUUAGUGUAUUAUGGCAGUUCAUAGAUUCAUAGAUGUAUCAACAACUUAUAAGAUACAGCUUAAAUAUGUGGGCCGCCAAUAAAAUGAUAAAAGCUUUUUUUAGAAAUCAAAAAACUUUCUUCUAUGUCCCAUGUUUGGUCAGAUAGUACACAUUAAUCUAGAAUUGUAAUAUAAAAUGGUUUAAAACUAUGUAUUUCCUAAAAAAUAAAAAAUUGUUUUAAGUAAAAUUUUAUCAAAGAUAAGGUUAAACUCUAACUAAAUUUUAAUCAGAAUAAACUACCUCGUAAGGUCUUAAAAAGCUGAGACUAAGUUUUAGCUUGCUAUCCAUUUUAAUCAAACAUCUGUUUAAAUUUUCGACCAUCAGGAAGAACUUUUAUCUUUACAAAGUCUUAUAAAUCAAAUUCAUGACAGUUGGAUGAUUCACUGUUAGACAUAAAAGUCACACAAUUUUCUGUAUUCUGGCCUGCAGGUAACCAGCUUAUCAUUAAUCUUUUCUGGUCAGAGGUUGCCAACCUAAUUCCUUAAAAAAUAUGUAUACGAUUCUAAAAAUAUCAAAUACGCUUAGUAGAAAAUAACUUUUUGGUUCCUCGGUCAGUGAAUUGCUUGAUGCGACAUAUUAAGUUACUGUUUUUGUUAUAUCUUCAACGAAAUAGCAGAUAGAGAAAACCAAUCAUCAGCCUCUUCGGUUAUGUCGGCAUCUGGAACGCUACAAACAUCUCCACCAUGGAAUAAAGCAAAGAUGAUCAUCAUUAUAAAUUAUAAUUAAAACGAACUGACCUCAGCAAUAUUCGAAUUCACCAGAUUACACAUAUCGUCCCUGUCAUUUUCAACUAUCGAAUGUGAAAAGUGGUACUUUUCAGGAGAGCAAAAAUAACUCUUUUUUAAAGACUCCUAAAUCAGCGCAUUGACAAAUGGUAAAAUUUUUAUAUUUUUUGUAUGUAAUCUUUAAUCCUUGCUAGAUUGAUAACAAAUUUGAACUGCUUAUCAUUUUUUUCUUUCCAAAAAAUCACAUUCGUUACUUUGCUUUUUGUAUCAAUCAAAGAUUUGUUUCGGUUCCAUGAUUCAAAGUAGAGAAUGUAUAAUAGCGAAUAACUGUAUAAUCAAAUAAUGAAAAUCCGUUAAAAUGAAAUCAUAAACUGCCUCACAAGAAUCUCUUGGAAGCGAUAUUGAAACAAAAUUCGCACAAAUUGUAAACACGUGCAUUUUAUUCUUCUCAGUAGUUUAGCAUUUUCGACAGUUUACAGAUUAUAAUUGAAUAAAACUGUUAAAUUACAACACAAACUAGCGAAUGUGACACAUUCGACAUUUAGCGUUGUACAAAUAUACCUUUAGUUAUAUUUAUACAAAACAGUUUGCAGUUAACCAAAUGAGAAAAUGUUCAUAUUCGAUGGUUUAAACAGCAUAUUUCCUGCGCUCCUAAUCAAGCUACAAUAACGAGAAUUUGCCACAACAUGUAUCACGUAUAAUGCGAGGGCAAGGUAUCGAAUCUUAAAAACCCGAUUUUUCACAUUCGAUAGUUGGAAAUGGUAGGGACGAUAUGUUUAAAAACAUCUAGUAUAAUUUUUCAAUUUAUAUGGAAUGUUUCAUUGCAAUACAUUAUUAAGACUUGCUUGAAAACCCAAUCAAACUCCUACGAAAAUAAAGUUAACUUAAAAAAGAGGACAUGACAUCACACCAUUAUGGCGAAUUGUAAUAACCUUUAAUCUUUGAUAGUAGUUUUGCUUUUGAGAUGUUUAUUUAAUAAGAAAAAAAUUUAAAAAUUGUGAAAUUUUUAUAGUAUGUAUCACCUUAGAUGUCUUGCUCGGCCACACAGUUCACUAAAAUAUCAUAGUAAUCAUGAUAAAACGAAAAAAUGCAAUAGAAUAAUAGUAUUUCUAGAUUUUAUGGUGUUUAUUCCAUCUAGACAAACUUGUUAUAUUAUUACGAUGUAGUUUGAACAUAAACAUAUUCCAUAAACUAAUAUCUAUACUUCAUUCUAGAAGUAGAUGCCGAAAAUGUAAAGGAUAAUAGAAAUAUACAGUCUUAGAUGUUUUCGAUAUUCUCAUAAAUACACUAAGCACCAAAAUUAACGCACCACCUUAAAAAUGGGACAGUUUUGAUGUCUUGUAUUUCCUAAACCUGUUGUCCGAUUUUAGUGAUUUUUUUAAUAUGUUAUAGCUUUAUUCUUCAAUAAUAUCGAUGUAAUAAUAUUGUUGCUAAACAGAUAAGUGUCAUUGUAUACCGGGUGUAACAAUGAUAGUGUGUUUUUCCUCAAAGUUUGGAACACCCUGUGGAAUAUUCUGGCGUAUAUAAAAUAUUGAAAUUAAAACUCAACUGUAGCCUUAUGCUUUCUUAAAUUAUGCUUUUUGAUUCAUUAGCUUAUGUUGGAUAAUAAAAAAGUUAGGUACUUUUACAACUAGCCAUGUUCUUCAUCAAUACAGAGUGUUUCUAAAUAAGUGUGACAAACUUAAGGGCUAAUUCUGCAUAAAAAAAUAAUAGUCCUGUCGCCAGGGGGGGGGGUACAACGGCCUCCUUAAUUCAGAUGGACUUACCCAAGUUUUUUUAUGUAUUUUGACCCGUAGAACACGAAUUUUUUGGGUAACAAUUGAUCCGGAUUACAUGAGGGAUUACAUAACAGCGAUUUUUCGCAAAACAAAACAUUUUUUGUAUUCUUUGGGUGAUUCUUCAGCAAAAACUGGUCCUACAAGUUUUUUCGUAGGAUGCAUAGUUUUCGAGAUAAACGCAGUUGAACUUUCAAAAAAUCGAAAAAAUGCAAUUUUUGAACCCGAAUAACUUUUGAUUAAAAAAUAAAAUAGCAAUUCUGCUUACUGAAUUUGAAAAUUCACGUCAAAUUCUAUCGGUUUUUUUCAUUGCUAAAAAUUAAGUUUUUAUUUGUUAAACAAAACCAUAAACACAUAGUGUUUCCCGUACCCAAUGCAUGCGUUUUAUGUACGUAAUCUACGUAGAAAUUGUCUGUAUGCGCGCCUACUCGUUCGAAUUCAAAUGAGAAAUGCAUUGAAAACAUCAUUCAAUCACUAUGUGUUUAUAGCUUUGUUUAACAAUAAAAAAAUUAAUUUUUAGCAAUGAAAGUAAUCAAAACCGAUAGAAUUUGGCUUGAACUUUCAAAUGCGGUAAGCAGAAAUGCUAUUUUAUUUUUCAAUCAAAAGUUAUUCGGGUUCAAAAAUUGCAAUUUUUCGAUUUUUUAAAAGUUCAACCGCAUUUAUGUCGAAAACGAUGCAUUCUACGAAAAAACUUGUAAAAACAUUUUUUGCUUAGAAUGGCCCAAAAAAUACAAAAAAAUGUUUUGUUUUGCGAAAAGCGCUGUUAUGUGAUUCCUCAAGUUCUUUGUUUAUAACAAUCUUAUCGAUAUCCGACUGUUACCCAAAAAAUUCAUGUUCUACGGGUCAAAAUACAUAAAAAAGCUUGGGUAAGUCCAUCUGAAUUAAGGAGGCCGUUGUACCCCCACUGGCGACAGGACUAUAAUGACCAUUUGCUUUAUAAACAUAUGUCCGCAAAUGCUUCGUUUCUUAGAUACGGGAUGUUGAAUUUUUUCUUACAAACUGACGAUUUAUUUAUUGCUCUAAAACCGGUUGCGACAUGCAAAUGAAAUUUGGUAGGUUUUAAGAGGUAGUUAUUGCGCAUUUUUUGGCAUACAAUUAAGAAUUUUAUAUUCACCAUCGGCGUGCAUACGGGUAAUAUGACCCGUAUGCACGCCAAUGGUGAAUAUAGAAUUCUUAAUUGUAUGCCAAAAAAUGCGCAAUAACUACCUCUUAAAACCUACCAAAUUUCAUUUGCAUAUCUCAUCCGGUUUUAGAGCAAUAAAUAAAUCGUCAGUUUGUAAGAAAAAAUUCAACAUCCCGUAUCUCGGAAACGAAGCAUUUGCGGCCAUAUGUUUAUAAAGCAAAUGGUCAUUAUUUUUUUAUGCAGAAUUACCCCUUAAAGUUGGUCGCACGUACUUAGAAACACCCUGUAUUGAUGAAGAACAUGGCUAGUUGUUAAAGCACCUAACUUUUUUAUUAUACAACAUAAGCUAAUGAAUCAAAAAGCAUAAUGUUAAGAAAGCAUAAGGCUACAGUUGAGUUUUAAUUUCAAUAUUUUAUAUAUGCCAGAAUAUUCCACAGGGUGUUCCAAACUUUAAGGAAAAAACACACUAUCAUUGUUACACCCGGUAUACAAUGACACUUAUCUGUUUAGCAACAAUAUUAUUACAUCGAUAUUCUUGAAUAAUAAUGCUAUAACAUAUUUAAAAAAUCACUAAAAUCGGACAACAGGUUUAGGAAAUACAAGACAUCAAAAAUGUCCCAUUUUUAAGGUGGUGCGUUAAUUUUGGGGCUUAGUGUAUUAUCAUCUUGAUGCUCAUUGUUAGAGCGUAUUCUUUUCUAUACAAAGCUAUUCUGGUCACCAGUGUCUGAUCAUCUUCAACAUUUUCGGCUAAGAUGACAGUGUCAUCCUUCUUCUUCUUAAAGUUCCCUCUCCUAUCGGAGGUUGGAUAUCAUAAUGGCUAUGGUCACUUUGUUGGCUGCUGCUUUGAAUAGUUGUAAUGAACUACAGUUAAACCAUUCUCUAAGGUUCCUCAGCCAGGAGAUGCGUCUGCUUCCUAUGCCUCUUCCUUGUGUCAUCCUCAUAUUAUCUAAUGUUAGUGCACUCCAUUUACCUUUAUUCCAGCUGUUUCACUCUCAAGGCCUAUUUUCAGGAUCUCUUCCGAGUAGGCAGUAAAAAGAAUUGACGACAAUACGCAUCCCUGUCUCACCCCACGUCUGAUUUCAAUUUCUUCUGACAGCUGUUCUUAAGACGUACUUUUGCUCGCUGCAAUAGUAUAAAUUCGAUAUGAUCCUGAGGUCAUUAUAGUUUAUCUUCUUUAAUUUCGGUACAUUUAUUAAUUAGUGUGUUAAAGCCAAAGUGGUGUAAGUCAUAUUUUUGAAAUGAUGUAGGACUUGCUUUACAAUCUUGAUAUAUAGACCUCUUAAAAGAAGAAAAGUGGUGUAAGUUUCUACACUGUAUUGCUGUAAAGACUUAAAACCACUUUUCCUGAUGACAAGAGGUCUAUAUAUUGAGAUUAUAAAGCGGGACAUUCGAAAAUAUGACUUGCAUCACUUUGGUUUUAAAGGUGAACAUUCACGGUCAUGCCAUCGCGUCAAAUGACGUGAUAUACAGCCAAAUUUUGAUCGUGAGUGUUGAAUCAUGAUUGCUUUUUUGGCGUAAUCCCAAAAUCCGGAUUUCCAUUAGCUUUGUAAUCCAUCGCGUCAUGCCGUUGCUUGACGCCAAGCCAUCAUGCCGUCUGCUCGUGAGUGGCGAUACACCGCGUCAUGCCAUCGCGCCACCCUCCCGGCAGCAUCUAAACAUUCCGUAUAUGUAUUUGGAACAUAGGAGUUUUCUAUUGGUUCGUUGCAGCACGCGGUAAUAUUUUAACCAAUAGGCGGCGAGGUUCCAGAUGCAUAUACGGAAUGUUGGUCGGUCCCAAAUUCAUAUACGGAUUGUUACAAUAUCGUACACCGAAAAAGAUAAGUCUUUUAAAAGGAGAUUGAUUUUAAAAUACUUGUUACUGUCUUAUUAAAUAAAAAUAAAACAAUUAUACCUAGUAUUUCGAAUGUUAUUUGGUGCGAAAUUCAUAUGCGGAAUGUUAAUUAUUCGUAGACCAAAAAUGGGACUUUUUAUUAAUCAGUUAAAGGAGACUGAUUUUAGAAUACCUAUCUUAUUGAUGUAUUAUUAAAGCAAAAUAUAACAAUGAUUAGGUACCUAUUUGGUGCAAAAUUCAUAAAUGGGAUGGUAUAGAUUUGAGAUACAUACAUAUUUCUUUAUUUGACUAUUUCUCAGAAUUUUUAAUGACUUGCACGUGUUGUUAAGUAUGUUUAGAUCUGUUUCAGCUAUUCAAUUCAAUUCUGUUGAAGUUUAGGGCUGUGUGCUAUCAGACGAAAAUAAAUGUUAACUUGGUUAUAACGUUUGCGGUUGUGUUUUAAAUAUUAUAUUCUGGUUUAUAUACAGAGAGAGUCUGUAAUUUGGAAUAAUUUCAAUAUCUCAAAUACUAAUCGUUUUUUUGAAAAUUGCUCAGACCAGUCGAUUAGUAUUUCAAAUUGUCCUUUUUGACAUACAAUAAUAAUGUAUACAGGGUGUUCCAAUUUAGAGAUAUGACGUCAUCGUUGAUUUUCUUAAAUGGCAACACUAUCAUUUUGAUAGCCAUUUUGAUUGGGUGUAUAAAGUUAUACAUAAAUGCAAAAUUUCAAAUUGUUAUUCCCUACCAUAUACAAGAUAAUAAAAAAUAACAAAGUUAUGUCUUUAAUUUGGAAUAAAUUCAAUAAUUCAAAUACUAUUUGUUUUUUUGAAAAAUGCUUAAACCCGUCGAUUUGUAUUUCAAAUUGUCAUUUUUGACAUAAAAUAAUAAUGUAUAAAGGGUGUCCCAAUUUAGAGAUUUGACGUCAUCGUUGAUUUUCUUAAAUGGCAACACUGUUAUUUUGAUAGCUAUUUUGAUAGGGUGUGUAAAGUUAUACAUAACUGCAAAAUUUCAAAUUUUUAUUCCCUACCAUAUACAAGAUAAUAAAAAAUAACAAAGUAAUAAAAAAUAAGUAAUCAAAUAAUAAUUGAAUUUAAUUAUUUCAAUUAAGCAAAUGCUCAUAAUGUUGCCCUCAAUUAUUGUCAAAUGGUCAGUGGGCAAUAUUAUGAGCAUUUGCUUAAUUGAACUAAUUAAAUUUCAUUAUUAUUUGAUUACUUGUUUUUCAUAACUGUUAUUUUUUAUUAUCUUAUAAAUGGUAGGGAAUAAAAAUUUUGAAAUUUUGAAGUUAUGUAUAACUUCAAAUUGGGUGUCCCAAUUUAGAGAUUUGACGUCAUCGUUGAUUUUCUUAAAUGGCAACACUGUUAUUUUGAUAGCUAUUUUGAUAGGGUGUGUAAAGUUAUACAUAACUGCAAAAUUUCAAAUUUUUAUUCCCUACCAUAUACAAGAUAAUAAAAAAUAACAAAGUAAUAAAAAAUAAGUAAUCAAAUAAUAAUUGAAUUUAAUUAUUUCAAUUAAGCAAAUGCUCAUAAUGUUGCCCUCAAUUAUUGUCAAAUGGUCAGUGGGCAAUAUUAUGAGCAUUUGCUUAAUUGAACUAAUUAAAUUUCAUUAUUAUUUGAUUACUUGUUUUUCAUAACUGUUAUUUUUUAUUAUCUUAUAAAUGGUAGGGAAUAAAAAUUUUGAAGUUAUGUAUAACUUUACACACCCUGUCAAAAUAGCUAUCAAAAUGCUAGUGUUGCCAUUUAAAAAAAUCAACGAUGCCGUCUAUCUCUAAAUUGGGACACCUUGUAUACAUUAUUAUUUUAUGUCAAAAAUGACAAUUUGAAAUACUAAUCGACUGGUCUGAGCAUUUUUCAAAAAAACAAUUAUUAUUUGAAUUAUUGAAUUUAUUCCAAAUUACAGACAUAACUUUGUUAUUUUUUAUUAUCUUGUAAAUGGCAGAGAAUAAAAAUUUGAUAUUUUGCAGUGAUGUAUGACUUUACACACCCUAUCACAAUGACAGUGUUGCCAUUUAAGAAAAUCAACGAUGACGUCAUAUCUCUAAAUUGGGACACCCUAUAUACAUUAUUAUUGUAUGUAAAAAAGGAAAAUUUGAAAUACUAAUCCACGGGUCUGAGCAAUUUUCAAAAAAACAAUUAGUAUUUGAGAUAUUGAAUUUAUUUCAAAUUACAGACUCUCUCUGUAUUUAUUUUGGUCUACGAAUAAUUAACAUUCCGCAUAUGAAUUUCGCACCAAAUAACAUUCGAAAUACUAUAGUUGUUUUAUUUUUAUUUAAUAAUACAGUAACAAGUAUUUUAAAAUCAAUCUCCUUUUAAAAGACUCUAAAAAAACUUAUCUUUUUCGGUGUACGAUAUUGUAACAAUCCGUAUAUGAAUUUGGGACCGACCAACAUUCCGUAUAUGCAUCUGGAACCUCGCCGCCUAUUGGUUAAAAUAUUACCGCGUGCUGCAACGAACCAAUAGAAAACUCCUAUGGUCCAAACUCCCGGCAAUGUCCAAACCCACGUCCAUUUUUCGUCUUCACUGAACCACGUCAAAUACAAAAUGAUAACCAAUUUGGAGUGAUCGUUAAUGGGCUAUGAUUUUGGCGUCAAUCCGUUUGACUGAAACCAUUUGGCGUGGUUCCAAAUGAAUUGACCGUGAACAGCCUCAAUUGUUCAUGACUUACUUUAUCGAAUGCUUUAUUACAGUCGGAAAAAUGAAAGAUUACCCAUGAACGAUCACAUCAAUCACAUAUUUUGUAUUUGCUGUCUUUUUCCAUGAAUAGCAAAGCGAGAGAGAGAGAGAGAGAGAGAGAGAGAGAGAGAGAGAGAGAGAGAGAGAGAGAGAGAGAGAGAGAGAGAGAGAGAGAGAGAGAGAGAGAGAGAGAGAGAGAGAGAGAGAGAGAGAGAGAGAGAGAGAGAGAGAGAGAUUAUUAAUAAUCUGAAUAAUAUGUGAUUGAUAUGAUCGUUCAUGGGCAUUUUCAUUUUUCCGACUGUAUAAUUAAUAAAACAGUGGCUACAUUUUCUAAAAAUAGUAGAAUUAUUCAGGGAAAAUCUCCAGACAUGGCAACUUUGGCACUAUAAUGCUCUAAUUUUACAGCAAUUGUUACAAUUACCCGUUCACCCUUCCUUCUUAUAUUUACUUUUUUUAACUUUACGGUAAAAAAUUGCAGCUAAUUGGAUAUUUAUAAUUGUAUUAAAGUAGACUGUGUUCAACUACGCCAUCUAAGGUCGCAUGUACAAACUUUUUAAAAAUGAUUAUUUUGAUACCAAAAAUUGUUAAGGUUUAAGAUAAAUUGGGCACAUAAUUUUUUUUUAUAUCAACAUAUCUGCUUAUUUUCUUUGUAUAAUUUAUGUUAUUGUCCAAUAUGUAUGUAGUUUAUAAGACAUAUUGUGUUCAAAACUCUUUUUAAUUUUUGUUAAUUUUUAGAAAUAAAACGCUUGGAAACAAUGUGAGGUACAAUCAGAAUAACUUUUAUGCCUUAAUAAACAGCAAAACAGUAAGUUCGUUCAGUAUUACAAGCGCAAGUGCCUCAUCGAAUUGUUUCUUAAUUUCAAUGUUUUGUUUUCAUAUCAAACAAAUAUAUAUCUAUAUUAAUC